AACUGAGCAAAAUACGCAUCUUCAUUCAUCAUCAUCAUCAUCAUCAUUAGCCAUUUUUCGUUUCCCUCAUUCAAUUUUCUUCGUCUUUCUCUGAUUAUUUUUCCGAUCAAAGAUCCUGAAAAUGUUGGCAGUGUUCGACAAAUCGGUGGCACAGAGCCCCGAUGCUCUUCAGAGCCCUCACUCUGAAUCGGUUUCGGCUUUCAAAGAUGGCUUCCUGGCUCGUCACUUCACGUCGGUUCAUCCUUCUGCGGUCACCAUCAACCUUGGCUCUUCUGGGUUUAUGGCUUACUCUCUUGAUAGACAGAACCCUCUUCUACCAAGGCUGUUUGCGGUUGUGGAUGACAUUUUCUGCAUGUUUAAUGGUCACAUAGACAAUGUUGCUGCUCUAAAGCAACAAUAUGGUUUGAACAAAACAGCAAACGAGUCGAGCAUUGUCAUAGAAGCUUACAGGACUUUGAGGGACCGAGGUCCUUACCCUGCCGAUCAGGUUGUCAGAGACAUCCAAGGGAAGUAUACGUUUAUCGUCUACGACAGUGCUUCAAAAUCCACCUUCAUUGCUCUUGAUGCUGAUGGAAGUGUUCCAUUCUUCUGGGGAACGGACUCCGAAGGCCAUCUUGUUGUUUCAGAUGAUGCAGAAAUUGUGAAGACUGGCUGUGGCAAAUCUUUCGCACCAUUCCCCAAAGGCUGCUUCUUCACAACUUCUGGAGGCUUGAGGAGUUUUGAGCAUCCACUUCACCAGCUGAAGGCAGUGCCAAGGGUGGACAGUUCAGGGGAUGUGUGUGGUGCGAAUUUCAAGGUAGACGAGGGGUCUCGGAAGGAGUCCAGUGGCAUGCCGAGAGUUGGAAGUGCAGCCAAUUGGUCUUCAAACUUCUGAGCUGGUACCGUAAUUAUUCAUGGCAAGGUUUUUGUUAUUUUUGGGGCCUUGCUUCGUUUUUCAGCAAUCUUUUUCUUCGCUUGGGUUUCCUUGUUGAUGACACUCUGCUGCUUCUUUAGAGAGUAGUUUUACUUUCUUUUUUUCCGUUCUAGUAUCAAAACCAAGACUUGGUUCCAUAUAUGCUCAACUUACUCUCAAAACCACAGCCAGGACCAGAGGAGGACCUUCUGGCAUGUAAUUUCAAAUAAUAUCACCUUGCGUAAAGGAUUGAUGCUGAUUUAGUCUAAUAGAUUGCUUAUUUCGCAUGUAA